AAGUACUGUCAAACCACGCGCCAUGUGUGGCGCUGUAGCACGUGUAGUGGACAUUGGACCGACCGAUGCCGGGGGGGACAGGGUUGGGUGUGUUGUGGACAUUCUCUUUCCAAGUUUAUUAAAAUUGAUUUAGUUGUGACCAGUGUAGUAAUGACAUCUGAUUAGACGUACAAAACUGUGCAUGAAUGUGUUAUUAUUUGUAUGCCGUACCAUCGUUUGUGGCGUGAACUUUUGACGUUUUGGAAUUAGUUCCAUGGUAUUUUGUACCUAUAUCUGCCACUGAGUAAUUGCGUACAAUUCAAUUCUACGUGUCUGCGACAUUAAAUUCGCUCUUGUUUACGAUAAUUGAUUUGUGAAAAUCUUCUGUCAUUUUAUUGAACCAGUUUCACAUUGCAACCUUGGACUGUCAACCAUGGCAGAAAUUGAUGUUAUAAUUCAGCAGUUUCUUAUGGAUUAUGUUCUCGUGGUUAUCUACCUAGGGAUCGCUUUAUAUGUCGCUAAAUCACUUUACCCGAAAACGAAAAAAUGGAUUGUGUGGCAACAACUGCACGAGAGUGAACGAUGUUAUGCCGAAAUGACACGGUAUCAAAGGCAAGAGCUAUUGGCACCUUUGCACAGACUGAUAUCAGCAGAUAUUUUUCUCCGAAACCAAGGCAUAAUUCGCAUUGUUGACAUUGGUGUAAUGACGGGAAUAAAUAUAAGGUAUUUUCCUAAUAGUACUCAUGUUGUUGCUGUGGACACAAGAUACAAUCUUGAGUACUUUUUUAAGCCAAUUGCAACUACACUUGAUCAUGUGCGAAUCAAAGAAUGUGUUGAAUAUAAUCAUAUAGAUCUGAAGAAAAUACCGGAUGAAUAUGCUGAUGCUGUAGUUGGCUCGUUUGUUUUGUGUAAGGCAAAGGACGAGGCCACCAUUUUGAAAGAAAUUUACCGCAUUUUAGCUCCUGGUGGACACUAUUAUUUUUUUGAGCAUUGCAUUGACAAAGAUGAUCACAGCUUGCGAAGAUGGCAAACAGCACUGUCUGUUACUGGGAUUUGGCCCCAUUUAUUUCAUGGAUGUCAUCUGAAUAGAGAUAUUGAAAAAUCUAUUCUUAAGGUAAAAUGA